GUAUAUAUUCCAUUUGUUCACGGUGCACGUGAAAAUAUUGUCACUCAAUGAAGUCCCGUUUAAUUUACUCUCUUUUUGCAUUUAAUUUACUGUAUUGAAAAAUUCAUGAAAUAUUGAAACUUAAAUUUAAAAUCAACGGACCGUUGGUUUGAAUCGCGGCAACGCCGCAACAUCCGCAACGUCUCACAAUCACCGUGGAGUGUUUUUGGAGAGCACUUAAUGCUACUUCCGUAUGCUGAUUGUGUGGAAAGAAUUACGCCAAAAGUGUCUGAAUAAAUUGAAUUAUUUAUCAAAUUAAAUCAUUUGCUGUGAAAUAAAUAUUUAGUGAAAGGGACCUGAGAAUUCGCUGUUUCAUUGAGAAUUGUGUAGGAGGAUCCCUGAGUAUCCAGUGAGAAGUUGCAGAAGGAUUUCGAGGCUACACGUGCCAACUCGUGCUACUUCUUAUGGGCAAUUGGAAUCACCUGAGAUCAUCCGGGACUGCAACAAAUUUUUUUUGAUCCCACAUCGCCGAAUAUUAAUAAUUAUAUGAUCUGUACAGGUGAGCUGACUAUUGUGUGAGGGAUUGAAGGGAGAACAUUGAUGAGAUUACCUUAACCACUGCUCUACCACUAUCUUUCAAGGUAUUCAUAUACAUUUUUUGGUCAUCUUCGACCCGUUGCGAUUGAAUCAGCGAGAGCUACUGGCCAUUUCCUACCGUUGUGUAGCAACUGAGAAGCAUCCAAGAUGAGUCUUGUACAACGAGAGCGUAUCCUCAACACCAUUGAGAAGGUGGAAGCCUUCUCCAUUGGCCUGAGUGCAGCGGACACCACCUACAUUGAGCGCAACUUGGUACAAUCACAGCUCAAUACGUUGAUCGAUCUUCAAGCGAAGUUCGACAGUAUUCAGGACACCGUCAUAGGCCUAAAGUCGGGUCAAGAGAAGGACGAUGAGAUCGCCUACAAGACAGCCACCGCUACAAGAUGCUCAAGGAUCAUUCAGGAGCUUACCAGCCUGUUGAGCUACUACCCGAAGGAAGACCCAACUGUCGAUAUGUCGCCUUCUGGAACGCUGUGCCACCUGAUGAAAGAAAUGAUCCAACAAAACAACAAGUUUCUGGCCAAGCUCACCCUAAACGCAAGUAGUCCUCCGCCCUUAGAUAGUCGCUCAAUUAGACUCCCUCAAAUAGAACUGCCCAAAUUUUCUGGAAAAUACUCUGAGUGGGUUCCAUUCAAAGAUCGAUUCAGAGCUUGUAUUGCAAAUCUCCCAAAUUUGUCAAAAGUUCAAAAACUCGAAUACCUAAAGUCUUCUCUGAGUGGAGAUGCCGCUUCCACAAUUGGCUAUCUUCCCACUACAGAGAGCAAUUUCGAUGUAGCUUGGGAGCUUUUGAAGAAUCGAUUUGAGAGAAAGUCAGAAAUUGUUGCUGAGCAUAUCCGUGCCUUUUAUAAUAUGCCAGCAGUCUCUCCCUCUGACCCCAAUGCCCUCCAACGCAUCACAAACAUUCUCUCUGAAUCCCUGUUAGCCAUGGACGCCAUUAAUGUCACAGGUCGUGACCCAUGGUUAAUUCAAUUCACUUUGGACAAAUUGGAUUCAGAGUCGCGGGUGCUGUGGGGCAGACAGUGUGGAAAUGAAACUCCCACCAUGCGGGAGUUCCGUGCGUUCCUCAACCAAAGAUGCCUGGAUGCCACACAUGCUGCUACUGCUCCCACAAGGUCCAAUCCACGACCCAAUUCUUCCAAUGCUAAACCCGCCAAGAACACCAAGAGACCCGUGAAUGCGUUCCACACAACAGCAGCAACAUCCAUCUGCCAAUGUUGCAACCAAUCUGCUCACCCACUGUACAAGUGUCCUCAAUUCCUUGCACAGAACGCGGUUGAGAGAUUCGAGACAGUGAAGAAGCUCAGUUUAUGUCGUAACUGUCUUGCCCCACACCUCACGAGCACUUGUACAUUCCGCAAGUGUAAGAAGUGCCAAGGCCGGCACAAUAUAUUGCUACAUGAGAAGUUCGCAGGUGAAUCUGCUGCCACCCCGCCGGCUCAGACUACAGCGCCUGCGGCCCUCAAUCCAGCACCAACUGCCCCUCAGCCUGCGCCAACUCCAGGACCGUCAUCAGCCAACCAACCUGCUGCAUACACCGCAUCAGUCCAAUCUCAACAAGCUCUUUACUCUGGCCCAAGAGUUUUUCUUGCCACAGCCAUGGUGGAUGUGCUCACUGCCACCGGGGAGAAGGUUUCGUGCCGUGCAAUCCUCGACAGUGGAGCCCAGAUUUGCAUCAUGACUACCCACUUGUACCAGAAGUUGAAGCUCCCGAAGAUGCAUUCAGAUAUUUCCGUCGUUGGCAUAGGCAAUCAGGCAAAUCCAGUGAAGCACAAAGUCACUGUUACCAUUUUCUCACAAAGAGGCGAUGAUUCCUUCUCCUUCACCUGCUAUGUACUCCCCAAGAUCUCAGGCAAUAUUCCCAACUGGGAUGUUGAUACCCAUGCAAUCCAGCCUCCAUCUCACAUCCCACUCGCUGAUCCAGAAUGGAAUAUUCCUCGCCCUGUCGACCUGCUGAUCAGUGGCGAUCCUUACUGGGCCAGUUGGUUGUCCAACACUAUCUCUCUAGGCACUGGUCUUCCACACCUCCGGGAGACUUGCCAUGGCUAUGUUAUUGUGGGUGAACACCAACCUCCUCCACAGGUUCGGUAUGUCCACCACGUCAAAGCCCUUCCCGUGCUGGAGGAAGUGUUGAGCAAAUUUUGGGAAAUUGAGGAGUUACCUGAAGAAGUGCCCAUCACAGAUCAACAGUUACAAGCAGAAGAACAUUUUUCCCAAACCUACCAAAGGGACGAAGAAGGAAGAUUCAUUGUGAGCUUACCGUUCAGGAUCCAACCUGAUGUUUUGGGAAACUCCCGUCCACAAGCCGUGCGACAAUUCCUGGCGUUGGAACGUCAGUUUGAUAAAAAACCGCAGUACAAGAAGUUGUAUACCGAAGUGAUGAAUGACUACAUGGACCGCAAAUGGCUAGAGCCAGUCCCUGUUGAAGAACUCAAUGCACCGAGUUACUACAUGCCUCACCACGGGGUCAUGAAGGAAUCCAGCACUACAACUAAAUUGAGAGUCGUGUGCAACGCCUCAGCCAAGUCAUCGUCAGGUUACAGCUUGAAUGAACUGCUUCUCAUAGGCCCCACAGUUCAGCCAGAAUUAGUCAUCAUUCUGUUAAGGUUCCGCCUAUACCAGUUUGCUAUGACGGCUGACAUUACCAAGAUGUAUCCGCAGCUGAGAAUUGAUCCUCCGGGUGCCAAUCGCCAGAGAGUGGUGUGGAGAAGUUCCAAGGAUCAACCAAUCAGAGAUUAUCGCUUCGUACGAGUUUGUUUCGGUGUAGCAUCGUCUCCAUUCUUAGCUACACGUGCACUGAUUCAACUUGCCAAUGAUUACGAGGCGGAAUUCCCAUUGGCUGCCAAGGCUCUGCGAUCCAACUUCUACGUCGACGACUGUCUAGUCUCAGUGCAAUCACUUGAGGAAGCACAGGAACUUCAGAGGCAGCUUAUAGAGGUACUUCGUCGUGGAGGAUUUUCUUUGACCAAAUGGACAAGCAACCAUGAGGACCUGCGUCCUGAAGAAACUGGCGAGACUUAUGCUGGAAUAUUUUCUGCGGCUGAUUACAUUACAAUGGCGCUUGGUCACACUUGGGACUCCAUUGCGGACCAGAUCAAAUUCCAAGCCCCUGUUGAUGCCUCAAUGGAGAUUAAGUCGAAGAGAUCCUUGGCCUCGGCCAUUGCCCAACUCUAUGAUCCUCUUGGAUUAAUAGGCCCAGUCGUCGUUGAAGCUAAAAUCAUGCUCCAAACUUUGCAUGAACUCAAGUUGGGAUGGGAUGAACCUGUGCCUUCAGACAUUCACACCCAAUGGAAAUCAUUUAUCAAAGCGCUGCAGGAUAUUAAACGUAUGUCCAUUCCUCGAUGGACUUCAAUUUUCCCUCACCCAUCACGCACUGAACUUCACGUCUUUUGUGAUGCCAGCACUCGUGCCUAUGGAGCAGCUGUCUACAUCGUGACCAGUUGUGAGGGGAACUAUCAUUCAAGCUUAUUCUUAUCCAAAUCUCGAGUAGCCCCCCUGAAACGACGCACCAUCCCACAGUUGGAACUCUGCGCCGCAGUAUUGGGUGUUGAGACGAUUGAUAAAUACAAGGAGGCUACCCAAUUUGAUGCUAUUCACUAUUGGAGUGACUCAACCGUUGUUCUGCAUUGGAUCAAUAGUCCUCCAGAUUCUUACAAGGUUUUCGUCGCCAAUCGUAUCAAGCGCAUCCGUGCUUUGACUGAAGUCCCACAAUGGCGUCAUGUUAGCACUGGGGAGAAUCCUGCGGAUUUGGUAUCCCGGGGAGCCUCACCAUCAGAGUUAAAGUCCACUGACCUUUGGUGGAAGGGUCCCGAGUGGCUGCAGCGCCCACCGACUUCUUGGCCUGCUCCGUUCAACCCAUCAGGUCAACCAGUAGACCCACAAGGAGCUUGCCUCGUCACCACGACUUCAGAUGAAUCCGACGAUUUAUUCGAUAUGCUUUUGCUCAAGCAUUCUUCUUUACCCAAAAUCCAGCGCAUUGUUGCCUAUUGUUUGCGUUUCCGCAGCUCAAGACAAAAUCCUCAAGUUACGCCAGGUAGUGCAGUUGGAGCAGAUGAGAUGGAAAGAGCACUACUUUGCCUUAUCAGGAAUGAUCAGAAGACAGCCCUACCUGAACUGUACAGAGAUUUGCAGAACAAUCAGCCAUUAUCUCGCAAAUGCAAGUCAUUCUUGAAACUUACCCCCUUCUUGGAUCAGGAUGAACUCAUCAGAGUGGGUGGUAGGCUCGUCAAUGCCAAUCUACCAUUUGCUGCUUCACAUCCCAUUCUGCUUCCCCAAACCAAGCUCACUCAUCUGAUUAUGCGUCAUGAGCACGUCAAACAAUUACAUGCUGGCGAAUCCCUGUUGUAUGCUUCUAUUCGUCAAAAAUUCUGGCCCACAGGUGGAUUGAAUACGGCGAAAAAAGUUGUCCAUGAGUGUGUGAAGUGCUAUCGCGCCAAACCCAAACCUCUUGAUCAACUCAUGGGGAAUUUGCCGGAAUCUCGUGUGAAUUAUGUUAGGCCCUUCCAUUCCGUUGGGAUAGACUUCGCGGGACCCAUUCAGAUGUUAUCUUCGGCCACCCGGGGAGCUCACUCUAGAAGAACGGGAACUCAGAAGGCCUACAUUGCUAUCUUUGUGUGCAUGGCUACCAAAGCCGUACACCUGGAGGUCGUUACCUCGCUCUCCACGGAAGAUUUCAUUGCUACAUUGAGAUGUUUCACUGCAAGAAAAGGCACACCCAGACACAUCUAUUCCGACUGUGGGAAGAACUUUCAAGGAGCUGCAAAUGAAAUUAUCCGCCUAUUCAAUCAAGAGACCGCACAACAGGAAAUUGUGAAUCGCACUCAGGAAGAUGGGAUAGUGUGGCACUUCAAUCCACCCGCAUCUCCACAUCACGGUGGAUUGUGGGAGGCGGUUGUGAAAAGCACCAAAUAUCACCUUGUGCGUGCCACUGGUGGUCUCCCUCUAACACAUGCAGAGUUGAAUACCAUUCUCUGUCAAAUAGAAAUGGUUUUGAAUAGCAGACCCAUAUGUAUGUUAUCUACAGACCCAAAUGAAGAAAGUUUCCUUACCCCCGGACACUUCUACCUUGGUGAACCAGCCAAUGCCUUACCCAAUCCCGACGUUACCCAUCUGCCGGAGAAUCGUCAAUCUUAUUGGCAACUUUGUCAAUCACGCAGCCAGAUUUUUGCGAAGAAAUGGAGGCACCAAUACCUCAAUACACUUCAACAGAGACGCCGCUGGCAACAUCUUCGCAGGAAUCUCAAGGAAGGGGACGUGGUUCUCCUUUAUGACGAUACCAAUCGAGAAUCUUCCAAGUGGUUGCUUGGCAGGAUUAUUUCAACUACUCCGGGGACGGAUGGAUUGGUUCGCGUGGUGUCAGUGCGAACAAAGAAAGGUACUUACCAGCGUCCCAUCACAAAAAUCGCCGUAUUGCCCAUCAGGGACAAUGAAGAUGCUCCACAAGAGGUUCCAGAGGAUGUUCCCGAAGGAUCACACUAGAAUUCUGGAUGUGACGCAUCUUUGGAUACGCCACACCAGCCCGGGGAGAAUGUUCACGGUGCACGUGAAAAUAUUGUCACUCAAUGAAGUCCCGUUUAAUUUACUCUCUUUUUGCAUUUAAUUUACUGUAUUGAAAAAUUCAUGAAAUAUUGAAACUUAAAUUUAAAAUCAACGGACCGUUGGUUUGAAUCGCGGCAACGCCGCAACAUCCGCAACGUCUCACAAUCACCGUGGAGUGUUUUUGGAGAGCACUUAAUGCUACUUCCGUAUGCUGAUUGUGUGGAAAGAAUUACGCCAAAAGUGUCUGAAUAAAUUGAAUUAUUUAUCAAAUUAAAUCAUUUGCUGUGAAAUAAAUAUUUAGUGAAAGGGACCUGAGAAUUCGCUGUUUCAUUGAGAAUUGUGUAGGAGGAUCCCUGAGUAUCCAGUGAGAAGUUGCAGAAGGAUUUCGAGGCUACACGUGCCAACUCGUGCUACUUCUUAUGGGCAAUUGGAAUCACCUGAGAUCAUCCGGGACUGCAACAAAUUUUUUUUGAUCCCACAUCGCCGAAUAUUAAUAAUUAUAUGAUCUGUACAGGUGAGCUGACUAUUGUGUGAGGGAUUGAAGGGAGAACAUUGAUGAGAUUACCUUAACCACUGCUCUACCACUAUCUUUCAAGGUGAGACUGCGCAUAGAGCUGCAGAGUGAGAGGGAAUUGUGCUUAACGUUGUCUUACCUAUAUCUUUGAAGGUAUUCAUAUACACCAUUAAAUAAAGAGUUUUAGAAACUUUUGAACGAAAUUUCAAGAAUAUUAAUAGAUUUUUCUGAUCAAUUUUGAAGUUAAAUUUCGCUAGAAAUUCGAAAAUUCUUUGAGUAUAUCUGUGUUAAAAAUGAAGCUUUAGUUAAUCAAAAUUCUUGUUUUUAUUUUCAUUUUUAAAUAAAUAAAUAUCCGUUCUAAAGGGAAUUCACUGUAAAUGAAAGAAUUUUUUAUCAUUGGCUAUAAGACGAAAAAAUCAAGACUUUAAAUCGUUUUAUAGACACCUCACUGUAUUUUCUUCAUUUUCUAUUGCAAAAAUAAUAAA